UCAAAUGUGUUAGCUCAUGUAGUUUGAAAUUAACUUUUGUUCUCACUGCUUGUAUUUCUGUUUCUUCAACAAACCGAAACGGAUUGCUGCUACAAUGGAAGUAAAGCAAGGUUUGGUUGCGCUGAUGCUUCUAGUUGUGUUUACGAAUGUCACAAUUUCUCAGGUUGAAGAACCAGAAGUUCGUCAGACUAAAAAGAAAUAUGAUGAUGCCAGUAAUGCAUGCACUACUAAUGGUUCUACUUUACUUGUAUACGAUGAUACAUGGGGAAAUGUUUUAAGUGGAAAAAGUUGUCGUGAUUUGUUCCCAUAUGAAACUGGACAAACUUGUUUUAUUUGGGUGGCUGGGAAUAAGACCGGUAAAAAUCUUAAAGGAUGCCCUUCCAUGAAAAUUCCUGAUAAAAUUAUGCGAACAAAAAUGUGCGAUACACAGAAAAAUUACAUUUGCCAGAGUGACCUGUCUAAAUUUCUUAAAUGUCCUGCGAAUUCCACAUAUUCUCUUGCAAAACAAACAUGCAAAUGCAAUCCUGGGUUUAUUAUGAAAGACCAUGAAUGCCAAGGUCCAGAGUUUUCUUAUCAUAGCCACAACACAUGGUAUUUGGUUUUUCAUGAAACUAAGAAGAACAUUUCUGCCGCUAAAGCAGAUUGCGAGGCAAGAAACGCAAAACUCGUACGAAUUUUAUCUUCAUCCAGUCAGGAUUCACUGAAUAGUAUGUUUCAAACCCUUCAAUAUAAUGUCCAAAACUGUGAAAAUGGAUAUUGGCCAUGCCUUUUCUUUGUUGGUGGAAAUUAUUCAAACAAUUAUUUGCAAUGGGUGGAUAGCACAAAGGAGUCCAACUACACAAAUUGGGCAGAAAAUGAACCAACUAAUAACACAAACGAGUUAUGUGUUAGUGUGGUACCUGGAAACUUCACUAAGGAAAAGAAAUAUUAUAUUGGGCAAUGGUUUGAUGAUGGUUGUAGUUUUGAAAGGCACUACAUCUGUGAGAUAGAUUUCAAUGAAUGUGAACUCCCUGGAAUUUGCAAUUCUUCCGGCACAUGCACCAAUACUCCUGGAGGAUUCAGUUGCACCUGUGAUGAGGGUUAUUCUGGAAAUGGAAAAUACUGUCACGAUAUAAAUGAAUGUAAAACUACUUCCCCCUGCCACCAUAAUGCCAGUUGCACCAACACUAACGGAUCAUUUAACUGCUUGUGUAAGAGCGGCUACACUGGAAAUGGAACUCACUGUGCAGAUAUAAAUGAAUGUAAAACUACUUCCCCCUGCCACCAUAAUGCCAAUUGCACCAACACUAACGGAGCAUUUACCUGCUUGUGUAAGAGCGGCUACACUGGAAAUGGUACUCACUGUGCAGGUGAUUGAAUUUUAAGAUCAAACAAAUAGCAUCCUAGCUGUUUGUAACCUUAAUUUAUACUUAGACAGUAUUUUGUAAAUUCAGCUUGCAAAAAAAUAACCCUUACAAAUUAGCAUAAAUAAUAACUCUAAGCUGGCAUACGGUAUAUGAAACAGAACACUUGUGUUAUAACGACUGUCAUUUUCGGGCCACACAAGAAUAAAGUAAGUGACAUUCAUUCCAAAUGAUCAAUUUGUAUUACAAUAUAUGGCACAUACAUGGUUCUAAUGCAUUUUUAUUCAAAAACUGUUAUAAUGGUUUAAAAUCCUGGUCCAUAAGAUCGUACAGUCUGCAAACAUAAGACACCUAGAUGUGGCAAAUGCAUGCAGGAUACAUACUAUUUUCUAGGAUACGUACUAUUUUCUUUUAUUUUAGGCUUAAGUUUGAGUUGAAGCUUUAUUUUACAAUAGUUGUUGGUACUCGCUGUUAUAAUAUUUAUUAUAUGGCUUGUAUUUUGAAAUUUUCGUUGACUAACCAUGUUUAUGUGUAUCAUGAAAUUUGAACAGAACAUAUUUUAUUUUACAUUUCUAAUUUAUAAUGCAUAAAAAUGAUUUGUUUAUGCCCUAUUAUGUCCCAUGCACUUUAAACAGAAGUGGUUGUACACAUGUUUAAACUUAUAGACAAAUCAGAAUUACAAAACUACUUUUUGUACCCUGUAAAGAUUUAAGUUUGCACCUAACUUUCCUUUUAAAUGUCUGGUGCCGUCGUCGUUUAGUGCGCAUGCCUCUAACCCAGACCAUUGUGGGGGCGUAUAUGUCCUUGGCUAGGUCACUUAACGUCAAUUCUUCACCCAUAAAGUAACAUAUACUUGGUAACUCGAAAGCUGGCACAAGGUGUAUGAA